AUUUUCCUGGACUUUGAACCCCACCAAAAAAAAAAGGAAAUAGAAUUUUGAGCAAAGAACAGGCUGAAGCAAACAGAGACGAAUUCCUUCUGUUUUGGAGUAAUUUGAGACUGUUUUGUUUUUCUUCUCGGGAGUGGAGUGAAUGCAACACUAUGUCUUCUUAGUCUUAUAGUAUUAUUUAUUAUUCUAUUUUAGUAGUUUAAUUUUGUUUUCUAAUAUUUAGUCGUGGUGGAAGCAGAGCGAUUAUGUUGGCGGCGGCGGCGGCGGCGGCAUCUAAGAAGUGCUCUAGGGCUCAUAACAACCUCCUCCUUGGCAAUCACAACAUCAAGAAUAACCCUCUCUUGUCUUUAUGCUUCUUCAACCAUUCCCAUUCCAUUCAUACCCCUAAUCAUAAUAAUAGGCCAAGAUGCUUUCCUGGACGGAGCAGCGGCACUGCUAUUUUCGCCAAUUCCCCCUCCAUCAGCAACAGAUCAUUCACCACUCCAUCAUGGAAUCAUCGUCGCUAUCUCAAUCUCAAUGCUUUCCUAUCCAAUCCUGCUUCCUCCUCCUCUACUCCUCCUUUCCGGCCACCGAACUCUGUGCUGAAUGGCCAUGCCUUAUUCUCAACAAUGUCAGCUCCAAAGGAUAAAGAUGGUGUUGCAAAUAAAGCUCCUCCUUCUUCAUCAGCUACUACUGCUACUAAUAAAUCAGACCAACAAGUUGCUGACACGAAAAUCCUACGCACUCUUGCUAGUUACUUGUGGAUGGAAGAUAACCCCGAAUUCCGCUUGAGGGUUGUUCUCGCCCUUGGGUUCCUUGUGGGUGCUAAGGUUUUGAAUGUUCAAGUUCCUUUUCUUUUUAAGCUCGCUGUUGAUUGGUUGACUACUGCCACUGGCAAUGCUGCUGCUCUUGCUUCCUUCACCACUGCCAAUUCCACUCUCCUUGCUCUCUUUGCUACCCCUGCUUCUGUUCUCAUUGGUUAUGGCAUUGCCCGCACCGGAUCCUCUGCUUUCAAUGAAUUGAGGACUGCUGUGUUUUCUAAAGUAGCUCUGAGAACAAUCCGAUCUGUUUCUAGGAAGGUCUUUUCACAUUUGCAUGAGCUUGACCUCCGCUAUCAUCUUAGUCGAGAAACUGGUGGAUUAAGUAGAACAAUUGAUCGUGGUAGCCGUGCAAUAAACUUCAUCCUCUCAUCUAUGGUGUUCAACGUUGUACCGACUAUUUUAGAGAUCUCUAUGGUGGCGGGUAUACUGGCAUACAAAUUUGGCGCCCCUUUCGCAUGGAUCACUUCACUCUCAGUGGCUGCAUAUGUUACUUUCACGUUGUCUGUGACACAGUGGAGGACCAAGUUCAGGAAGGCCAUGAAUAAAGCUGAUAAUGAUGCUAGUACAAAGGCAAUUGAUUCCCUUAUCAAUUAUGAGACGGUCAAAUAUUUCAACAACGAAGCUUAUGAAGCUGACAGAUAUGACGAGUACUUAAAGAGAUAUGAAGACACUGCCUUGAAAACAUCACGAAGUCUUGCCUUUCUGAAUUUUGGCCAAAAUGUGAUUUUUAGCACAGCUCUGUCAACAGCUAUGGUUUUAUGUUCACAUGGGAUCAUGAAUGGCCAGAUGACAGUUGGUGAUUUGGUAAUGGUAAAUGGACUUCUCUUCCAGCUCUCCCUUCCACUUAAUUUCCUUGGCAGUGUUUACCGUGAGACCAUACAGAGUCUUGUUGACAUGAAGUCCUUGUUUCAAUUACUCGAGGAGAAAGCUGAUAUUAGAGAUAAGGAUGAUGCAAAGCCUCUUAUAUUAAAGGGAGGUGACAUUCAAUUUGACAAUGUACACUUCAGCUACUUGGCAGAAAGAAAAAUUCUUGAUGGCGUAGCUUUUUCUAUACCAGCAGGAAAAAGUGUGGCUAUUGUUGGAACAAGUGGUAGUGGUAAGUCAACCAUUCUUAGAUUACUCUACAGAUUUUUCAACACUAAUUCUGGAAAUAUAAGAAUUGAUGGUCAAGAUAUAAGGGAUGUAACACUGGAUAGUUUGCGGAGGUCUAUUGGUGUUGUCCCUCAAGACAUAGUACUUUUCAAUGAUACAAUAUUUCACAACAUUCAUUAUGGUCGUCUUUCAGCAACAAAAGAGGAAGUCUAUGAUGCUGCCCGACAAGCAGCAAUUCAUGACACUAUCAUGAACUUCCCUGAGAAAUAUUCUACUAUAGUAGGGGAACGAGGGCUCAAGUUAAGUGGUGGUGAGAAGCAGCGUGUGGCAUUGGCUCGUGCAUUUUUGAAAGUGGCUCCUAUUCUGCUAUGUGAUGAAGCUACAAGUGCGCUUGACAGCACCACAGAAGCAGAGAUUCUAAAUGCAUUGAAAUCAUUAUCCAGCAAUCGAACUUCAGUUUUCAUUGCACAUAGGCUUACAACUGCUAUGCAGUGUGAUGAGAUAAUAGUUUUGGAGAAUGGUAAAGUGGUUGAACAGGGACCCCAUGAAGUUCUCCUGACCAAGGCAGGUAGAUACGCACAGCUCUGGACACAGCAAAACAGUACUGUAGAUGCCCUUGAUUCAGCCAUUAAAUUGGAGGCAUAGAUGUUGCAAUCUUCCCUUGAGCACACAAAGCUUAGUGUUGUUUCGGCUGCCAAUAAAUUGCCCCCCGACGAGUUGUAACGAUGUUGUACCAGUUGAUGGUUGUUGUCUGUGGGUUUCACCAUCACAAUGAAAAGGCAAGGGGGUGAUAUCCGUAACAUCUUAGAAGAAAGAAAGCAAUACUGAGCAACGGUUUUUCAAUUGAAAAUAUGGUGAGACGCACAUAAACCUGCAUGAAUCGUUCAAUCAUAUACAUAAAAUUGUAACAUCUGGAAUCACCGUACAGUUGUCAAAUUGAUUGAUCCACGUUACACUAACCCCAUGACUGACAAGUUGCCCGACAGGAGUGGUAUUGUUAAAGUCUGUCGAUGUAGCGGUCUAUGUAAUGUUUGAAAGAUCAUUUUACGUAGAAGGUUGCUUAAGAGGAAGAAGCAAUAGACAUUUAGCCAGUUUUGGAAGCUA